AUGCGAAGCUCAAGAGUCGUCGCACGCUUCUUUACUCGCACGCGGAUGGCGCAUACCAACUCUGCUGCGGCAGACAGCGCAGGCACACCCAUGUGCGUACUGGCUAUAUUGGGACAACACGAAGCGUUUCUGCAUAGCCUCGACGACGCUGUGUAUACGUUUCACAGUCCACUUGUUAACGGGUCUGUGGGCCAACACACACGGCAUUCUCUAGACCACCUGCGCAUGCCGCUGGAGCUUAUGGCGGCCCAGCAAGAAGGUCGCAGCGAGAACGUGGUGCAUUACGAUGUGCGCGACCGCCACACGCUUGUGGAGAAGGACCGCCACGUGGCUCUCGAGCAGAUCAAGCAGCUGAGGAAGACGCUUCGUGGUGUGUCGCCAACGGUCUUGACGCAGCCGGUCCAUGCUGCCUUUAUGUUGUCAGCCGAUGGUCGUGAGUUCGCUUUCGAAUCUACUUUCAAUCGCGAGCUGGCUUUUGCCGUGCACCAUUGUAUCCACCAUAACGCGAUGUCGAAGGUGCUGUUGAGCCAUCACUUUCCACGGCUACGUGUGCCCGAGGGCUUUGGGAUGGCACCGUCCACGGCCAGCUUCAAUUUGACACAUCCACAAGAGUAG